GUAGGACAGAGCUGGGACUCUGAAUUACUGACAAUAUGGGACCCACUGCUGCCCUCCUGCUUCUGGGCCUCUGUUCUCUGGGCACCUUGGCACAGCGACCUGCUAUUACAGUAUCGGGCCGAUUGACAAAAGAUCCUGGCCAUGGAAUUAUUGGACGGCCAAAGCCUGGAAAGUGUCCCGCCCCUGUGAAUUUGGAGGCCUGUGAUAAAUCUGUGAAAUCUCAAUGUGAUAACGACCAGCAGUGCUCAGGGAGCAGGAAAUGCUGUUCCAAUGGCUGCAGGAAUAUAUGUCUCCUCCCACUGGAAGACAAGAAGGAUUCCUGCCCAUUCUUUGAUGCCCAGAUUUGUGCCCUGAUGUUCCCCUUGGAGGAUGAGUGCAAAACGGAUGAUCAGUGCCAAGGAAAACAGAGGUGCUGCUGCUCCAACUGCCGCCUCGAGUGCACCCCAACAGUCAUAGUGAAACCCGGUCAGUGCCCAGUGCCAAGUAGAUGGUGCCCAGCGGGGCCCCCCAAGCACAAGUGUGACACUGAUAGUAACUGCACAGGGAAGGAAAAGUGCUGUGAGGAUUGUGGGCGCAAGUGUAAGAGCCCCCAGACAGAGCACAUUGGCUUUUGCCCUGAGACAAUAGAAACGUUGUCGUGUAUCUCGGCUCCAGAUACCCCCCUGUGUCACACUGAUAGUAACUGCCCCCGGGGCUGGAAGUGUUGUCUCUCUGGGGAGCGCAUGCAGUGUGUGGCGGCAUUGGCUGAGAAGUCCGGCCAAUGCCCAACGCCAGAGAAGAUUUGCUUCGCCCCUUCCUCUAAACCGGCCUGUACCAACGACGCUGACUGUGUGGGGAACAAGAAGUGCUGCACCCUUGCCUGUGAGCCCAAAUGCACCGACCCAGUCUAUCCCAUCCUCAUGUGAUGCCUCAGACUUGAGCGAAACAGGAGGGAAUCAUUACUGAGCCUGAAACGUCUCUGUUACUCUGAAAGCUGGAGAUUCUGCCUGAACUGGACUCUGAUGUCUGAUUUAUGUCUCACGUCUACUCCCACAAUAAUAUAUCACCCCCAUACAAUCCCUCUCUAUGUAUCACACUCACUAUAUAAUCCCUCUCUGUGUAUCACACUCACUAUAUAAUCCCUCUCUAUGUAUCACACUCACUAUAUAAUCCCUCUCUAUGUAUCACACUCACUAUAUAAUCCCUCUCUGUGUAUCACACUCACUAUAUAAUUCCUCUCUAUGUAUCACACUCACUAUAUAAUCCCUCUCUAUGUAUCACACUCACUAUAUAAUCCCUCUCUAUGUAUCACACUCACUAUAUAAUCCCUCUCUAUGUAUCACACUCACUAUAUAAUCCCUCUCUAUGUAUCACACUCACUAUAUAAUCCCUCUCUAUGUAUCACACUCACUAUAUAAUCCCUCUCUAUGUAUCACACUCACUAUAUAACCCCUCUCUAUGUAUCACACUCACUAUAUAAUCCCUCUCUAUGUAUCACACUCACUAUAUAAUCCCUCUCUGUGUAUCACACUCACUAUAUAAUCCCUCUCUAUGUAUCAGACUCACUAUAUAAUCCCUCUCUAUGUAUCACACUCACUAUAUAAUUCCUCUCUGUGUAUCACACUCACUAUAUAAUCCCUCUCUAUGUAUCACACUCACUAUAUAAUCCCUCUCUAUAUAAUCCCUCUCUAUGUAUCACACUCACUAUAUAAUCCCUCUCUGUGUAUCACACUCACUAUAUAAUCCCUCUCUGUGUAUCACACUCACUAUAUAAUCCCUCUCUAUGUAUCACACUCACUAUAUAAUCCCUCUCUGUGUAUCACACUCACUAUAUAAUCCCUCUCUAUGUAUCACACUCACUAUAUAAUCCCUCUCUGUGUAUCACACUCACUAUAUAAUCCCUCUCUAUGUAUCACACUCACUAUAUAAUCCCUCUCUAUGUAUCACACUCACUAUAUAAUCCCUGGCACCCAAUAUAAUCUCCUGAGUAGU